AUGAACGUGCCACCUGAUGAAGGACUGUUGCUGUCUUUACUUUUGAAAAUAAUGAAUGCCAAGCGGACAUUGGAGAUAGGUGUUUUUACAGGCUAUUCUCUUCUUACCACUGCCUUUGCACUCCCUGCUGAUAGCCAGAUAGUGGCUAUAGACCCAGAUCAUCGAGAAGCUUAUGAAGUUGGAUUACCAUUCAUUCAAAAGGCCGGUGUGGAGCACAAGAUCAACUUCAUUCAGUCAGAUGCCCUUUCUGCUUUACAUGGGAUGCAGAGCAAUGGAGAGUCUGCAGAGAUGUUUGACUUUGUGUUUGUGGAUGCUGACAAGCCAAACUACAUCAAGUACCAUGAGCAAGUGAUCAAACUGGUGAAGGUUGGGGGAGUUAUUGCGUAUGACAACACUCUGUACCGUGGUUUCGUUGCAAGCCCAGAAAAAGAAGUGCCGGAGCAAUUCCAAGUUGGCCGGAAAGUGAUAAGGGAUCUCAACACUCUUUUAGCCUCCGACCCUCGCGUCGAAAUCUCUCUGGUUCCGAUUGGUGAUGGUCUUACUUUGUGCAGGCGCAUCGUCUAA